ACGGCCGACAGUCGCGAUAGUGCUUCUGCCGACGCCGCCCAAACAGUUUGCGCACACAAUGAAUAACAUCCGAUUUUGUUUCACCGCCACCGUUACGUUUCUCGCUGUAGCGAUCGGCGGCAGAGGCGCGUCUUGCGAAGAUAAUAUCGUGCGGGGCCGGAAGUGCUGCCCGGGGGAUCGGCUGUACGAUCCGGAAGGGCAGUUCUGCAGACCACAAGAGACGAACGUUGAAGAGUACGGGGAGAGGUUGGCGAAGCGACUUGUGAGCGGAUUCCGGGUGCCAGAAAAUGCGACGUUGAAUAUGACUUAUUAUCCGCCGCCUUAUUGCAAUGACAUGGAAGUGCUAGUCAACGUACCCCCCGUGGAGGUGCGUGGGCUGAUGGAGUCGCACCCCUCGCCAAUCGAGUUGCCGCCGGACUACUGCUUCGACCUGACGCCGUCCGAUGAGCUGGUGGCUCGGGCUUGCCGGCCACACGGCCAGUACUGCGGCCGGGACAAUUACACGUGCGUCAAAAAGUGCUGCGGCAUCGGAUAUAUAUACGUCAAAUACCCCUACGAAAAGGACGCGUGGAUGUGCUCACGUAGGGAAAUCCCAUUCACGUUGUCUGCCUAUGAAACAGACGCAGGCGGAAGUCCGGAGGGCCUGUCGAACAACACGGUGCUGUUGUAUGAGAGCUCGUGUGACUGGUAUUUUGAACCAAUGGGCAGCAUUUUCAUGUUGACCACGGAUGGCAACCUUCAUUUAUUCACCGAAAACGGCGAUUGGAUCAUACCGGAGAUGGAUUACUGCUUGGAGUAUAAAGCCGAGGACGAGUCAUCGGAGACCAUCGAUCUGGUUGCAAUCGUGUGCCCGAAUGCCAAACGCCCACCGGUCGGUUUAGCCUUUUGGGUUAUUUUGACCACGUCUGUUAUGUGCCUGGUGCUCACGCUGAUCGUGUACGCCACACUGCCUUACCUCCGGAACGCCCAAGGCUACUACGUUAUGUUCUACAUGGCCUGCCAGCUCAUGCACUUCGUCUGCGAAAUGAUCACGAAUACGAUAAGACACGACGUAAACAGCCCGUUGUGCAUUGCAUUCGGAUAUAUUACUUUAUUUGCAACUCUGACAACAUGUUGCUGGUUAAACGUAAUAUGCUUCGAUAUUUACUGGAUGUUAAGGUACAACAAUUUAACAAACAGAAAUACAUCAAAAACAGUACGUACCAUUAUGUACCAUAUUUACUGUUGGGGAUUUUCAAGCAUUACCGUAUCUACUGGUUAUUUAUUUCAAAAUUCACAAAACAAUACGCUACGGAAAUCAGCACCUGAUAUUGGAAUAUAUAAAUGCUUUUUUACCGGAGACAAUGACUACGGAACUUUUAUCUUCUACUGGGUACCCACCUGUGGUAUGCUGACUGCCAAUUUAAUUUUGUUUUUACUAACUGCUAUCCAUUGUGCAAGAAUUAAAUCUGAACUCCAUAAAUACAGACAAACCUAUUCAAAAAGAGAAAUGUUUCUUGUUUACAAAGAGAAAUUCGUAAUGAGCAUCAAACUAUUUCUGGUUUUUGGAAUCCCAUUUUUAUUUCGUAUGCUAUGUGAAAUAUUCGAUAUUGGAGGGAUGGAAUUGAAAAUUAUAAAUAGAAUUUACUAUCUACAAGGAGUGUUCAUAUUUAUAAUAUUUGUGGCUAAGCGCAAAGUUAUUAUGGACUUACGGAAAAACUUUAGACGUUCAAUAGUUCACAGAGAGUUGACACCACUUAACAAUUUCUCUGGCUCGUCAUAAAAGUGGCACUCGACAGUGCUCAUAAAAGUUAUAAUGAUUUCUAAAUGCAAUAUGAAUAAACUAUGUAGAAUGUAGAUAUUAUUUUAUUGUAUAUAAAUACUCUAGGCCCUAAUGCUUAAAAAAAAUUAUUAUUUUUGUAUCAUUAAAUAUUACGUUUUUGUCACUGUUUACUUUUUAUUAUUUUCAAUAAAUGAUAAUGUAAUUUUUAUACGAAUACCUUUUAAACCACAAUUAUUAUAUUGUUACGGACUGCAUAAACAUUCUGUUACCUCCUACAAACGAUGCUAAAAUAAUAGUUUUGAAGUUUUUAAAAAAAGUUAAAAUAAUUUUUAAAAUGGUGGACAAGUGUAUAUACUGCUUGUACCGCUUUUUACCUGAAAAAAAUUGGGUAAUAUCCUACACUCCAACAUUAUAUUUGAAAUCUUGAACACAGGAUUUCGAAAUUGAAAAGUUCAAAAAGGUAAAAACGGUAAGUUGAAAAUAAU